ACCACUUCUGCAGCCUCUCAGGAUUCAAGCUCAACCGAGACAAGACUCAAGUCCUCGCGCACUCGCCGUUGCUCAACCUGUCGACGUUGCAGCUCGUUCAGCCGUCGCAGCCGACCAAGGCGCUUGGCAUCCUCACGACCUUGGCCGGCAAGGCCAUCAUCCUACAAACCGUCUGCCUGCCGGUACUCUGGUACCAGCUCGCGUGGGUUGCGCCGGACAGCAAGACGGCCGAAUGCAUUGACAAAAUGAUCCUCCAGUUCAUCAACGGCGAACCGCCAGUCAUCGGCGAGGGCGCGCAAGGCCACCGGAUGCUCCACCAAAGCACCGUCUUCGCACCGAAACAUCAAGCCGGCCUCGGCCUCAAGCCCGCGUUCUUCCCGUGGUCCGCGCGACACCGCGGCCACUCGCUCCGGUUCUUGCAAGCCGCGCUAACGACGUCCCCAGACCCGGCCUGGUCGUCGCCAAGCAUGGCCGUCAUCGCCAACGCCUACGCACCGUGGGGCGACUUUGCAGACCUCGCCUUCGCCGAUCCGUCGCUCCCCCGGAUACGGCGCCUGCUCACGUCGAAGGCAGUACCCGACCGGUUUAAGUUCAUGCUCAACUACUGGUUCUCCAUGCGCGUGGGGCCGAGCACGCUUCCGGCGCCGUCGCCGCUGAUCCACGCACAACCGCUUUGGUCCAACCAGUUUCUUCCA